AUGAUACAACCAAUUGAAGGGAAAAUUCCUGAUCCUAUUCCAAAAUGGUUUGAUAGUUCUAAGCGUUGUGCCUAUCAUUCUGGAGUUGUUGGACACGACACUGAAGAUUGCUAUGGUCUCAAAAACAAGAUUGAAGCUUUGAUUAAAGAAGGAGCAAUCCAACUUACUGGACCUCAGCCCAACGUGAACAAUAACCCUCUGCCUAAACAUGGGAAUGCCAAUGUGAACAUGAUAACUAUUGAGGAGGAUUUGGAUGUGAAAGGAGAGGUUAUUGCUGCAACAUCUUAUAUGCCUCUCUACAACAGUGAGACACCGACCAUUUGGGGUGCUGAACCAGAGGAGACUUUGAAGAAUUGGACUUGUACUCCGUCUUUGGUUCGCCGGGGGUCUUGGAGCCUUGGGGAAGAAGAAGAAGUUUUCGAUACCAGCCAACUCGACGAGAAGAUCCUCGGAGUUGAGGCUGGUUUGUCGGCCUUGAAUAGGCGACUUGUGGUUUUCGAAAACAAUUUUACUUCUCUUGAAACGCUUGCUCUUGAAGGCCUCGAUGAGGUGAAAAGUAACCUUGAGGAGCUUGAAGAGUUAAACAAGGAAGGACUGAUCAACCUCGAACUCAAGCUCACCGAAGCUCUUUCCUUUCUUCACCGAGAGUUCGAGACUUUGAAGAGGCAGGUUGAUGAGACUGCCGCAACGGAAGUUGCUGGUCCUGUUACUAUUCGUGAGACUCAUAUCGAAGCUCAUAAGCCAAAGGAGUUUCGUGGUGAAAGAAAUGCCCAAGAUGUUAAGAACUUAUUGUGGCAAAUGGAUGCUUAUUUUGAGCAUGUUUGCAUGACUAGUGAAGCUGCCAAGAUUCGGACAGCAGCAAUGUAUAUGAGCGACACCGCUAUGUUGUGGUGGCGGAGGAAAAAGGCGGACAUGGAGAGAGGGGUUUGCACCAUCGAUGAUUGGGAGCAGUUCAAAGAAGAUGUGGAUUUGUUGUUUUACUUCUUGGAUGGUCUCCAAAACUGGGCCAAACAAGAACUUCAAAGGAGACAAGUUCGUGAUGUUGAUGAAGCGAUCGUAGUGGCAGAAUCGCUCACUGAUAUUCGGGCAGAUGCAGCGAAGGGAAGGGACAAUCAAAGCAAAAAUGUUCCUCCCAAAGGGGAUAGCAGUCGGAACAAGAACAAGCCAGUUCCCAACCGAGGCAGCGAUACGAGAGGUAACAAUCGUAACCAACCUUCUAAUUUCCGCAAAAACUAUAAGGAUCGUAAGAAAGGCGCUCCACAUUGUGAGGGUUGUUAUAUUUGUGGUGAGACUACUCAUGCUGCCCGUUAUUAUCCGUCAUUGAGCAAAUUGAGUGCAAUGGUUGCUGCCCAAAAGCAGCAAGAGCAAACUGUCGCGCAAACCGAAGGACCAUCCAGGGAGCAAACUGGGCAGACUGGUGGGACGGACAGGAAUAAGAACGUUGUUGUUGGCACAUUUAAUCAAAUGGCGUUAUUUAAUCACAUGACGCUUGCUGUGUUGGCUGCCCAGCAGGGUAGUGUAAGGCCGCGCGAAUCACUGUUUGUCAAUGCCAAGUUGAAUGGCAAAGACGUUAGAAUUAUGGUGGAUACCGGUGCAACUCACAAUUUUGUAACGAAGAAAAGCGCCACAGACCUUUGUUUAAAUUAUGUUACCAGUGAUACAAUGUUGAAAACUGUCAACGCCCUCCCCACUACUGUCCAUGGUUUCGCUCCUACAGUCCCCAUCGAUUUAGGAGGGUGGAAGGGGUUGACAGAUUUCACCAUUGCCCCCAUGGACGUGUUUGACGUUAUUCUGGGGCUAGAUUUUUGGUAUGAGGUUAACGCGUUUAUUUCACCACGCCUCAACCAAUUGCACAUCAGCGAUGCCGGAGGAUCUUGCGUGGUACCCCUUAUUCGAGUACCACAAAAUGGAGUGCACUUAUCCGUCAUGCAGCUUGUUAAGGGCUUCAAGAGAGGGGAACCAACCUUCCUUGCUGCCCUUGUUAGAGGUGUCGGAGACUCGAUUGAGGCAGCAACCUUGCCUCACUGUAUUGAGCAAGUCCUUGUUGAUAAUAGGGACGUGAUGCCAGAAGAACUUCCCCAACGGUUGCCACCACGAAGGGAAGUUGAUCACCAAAUCGAACUGGUUCCCGGAGUAAAGCCACCUGCCAUAAAGCCUUAUCAUAUGGUGCCCCCGGAGUUGGAGGAACUGAGGAAGCAGCUCAAGGAGUUGCUGGACGCGGGACAUAUUAAACCUUCAAAGGUGCCUUUUGGUGCGCCUGUUUUAUUCCAAAAGAAAAAGGAAGGGACGUUGCGUUUGUGUAUUGAUUAUCAGGCCCUCAACAAGGUCACGGUGAAAAACAAAUACCCUAUUCCUUUGAUUGCAGAUUUAUUUGAUCGUUUGGGAAAGGCUAAAGUGUUCACAAAGAUGGACUUGAGGAAGGGUUACUACCAAAUCCGAAUUGCCGAGGGUGACGAACCAAAGACAACUUGUGUCACUCGUUAUGGUGCUUUUGAGUGGUUGGUCAUGUCUUUCGGCUUGACGAACGCUCACGCUACGUUUUGUCCAUUGAUGAACAAGUUGUUCCAUCCUUUUUUGGAUCAGUUUGUAGUCAUUUAUUUGGACGAUAUAGUCGUUUAUAGCAACAGCAUAGAGGAGCAUGUUAAGCACUUGUGCAAAGUGUUGAAGGUAUUGCAUGAUAACGAUUUGUGUGUAAAAAGGGAAAAAUGCAGCUUCGCCCAGCCCACUGUCCAGUUCCUUGGUCACACGAUCAGCCAUGGCGAAAUAAGGAAGGACAGUGAUAAAGUGGAGGCAAUUCGGGAUUGGGAGGCCUCAAUGAAGGUACCAGAAUUGCGGUCCUUCUUUGGCCUCGCCAAUUACUAUCGGCGCUUCAUAUUUGGCUAUUCUGCUAUUGCUACUCCACUCACCGACUUGCUGAAAAAGAGUCGUGAGUGGGAGUGGAAUGAUUUGUGUCAAACUGCCUUAGAAAAGCUGAAAGCAGCCAUUACCGAUGAGCUGGUCUUGGCGCUGCCAAAUUUCACUAAGUCGUUCGAAAUUCAUACCGACGCGUCUGAUUUUGCUAUUAGUGGUGUCCUAAUGCAAGAGGGUCACCCGAUAGCGUUUGAGAGCAGGAAGUUGAAUGACGAGGAGCGAAGCUAUUCUGCCCAUGAGAGGGAAAUGACGAUGACGGUUGUGGUCCAUUGCUUACGGACUUGGCGUCAUUAUGUAUUGGGUGCUCACUUUGUUGUUAAGACGGACAACGUCGCGACAACUUAUUUUCAGUCCCAAAUGAAGUUGACUGCCAAGCAGGUCUGUUGGCAAGACUUUUUGGCUGAAUUUAAUUUCACGUUUGAGUACAAGCCGGGGAAGGCUAAUGUUGUAGCCGACGCACUUAGUCGCAAGGCUACCCUUGCUGAGAUUAUUAGUUCCACUUGCAGCAGCGUUAUUGAUGAUAUUAAGGAAGUUGGUCACCCAACGCAGAAGAGAACGUUGGCAUUGCUGGAAUCCUCUUAUUAUUGGCCUCGAACGCGGGAUGACAUUGAGGUCAAUGUGCGUACUUGCCUCGUUUGUCAACAAGACAAAGUUGAAACGAAGGCGCCGGGUGGACUACUUGAGCCACUGCCUAUUGCUGACAAACCAUGGGACAGCGUCUCCAUGGAUUUCAUCACUUGCUUGCCGAAUUCAGAGGGGUUCGGGACUAUCAUGGUUGUUGUUGAUCGCUUCUCGAAAUACGCAACCUUCACUGCCACAACAGCCAACUGCAAAUACAAGGAGGCAGCCCGUAUAUUCUUGCGAGAUGUCGUGAAGCAUUAG